UGUGUGGUUUACCAUCUGCAUUCAGCAGCUGAGGAGGACGGAAACUCUGGAGUCCUACAGUUUGUGUUGAAGAGCCGGGAUUUGUCACUUCUACGGUUGAACCUCAAGGCAAACAUGGGUUACAGGACUGUGGUGAUGUACAUGGAGAUCGGCUGCUUCGCGGUCUGUGUGUCCGGAUGGAUCCUCGUCUGUUCCACGAUGCCGACGGAGAUCUGGACCUGGUCUGAAGUAGACAGUAUAGUCCUGACGACGUCCAACUACUUCUCCAACCUGUGGAAGGAUUGUAUAUCUGAUUCAACUGGAGUAUCUGACUGCAAGGGGAUUCCAUCAAUGCUUGCACUCAGCUGGGAUAUUCACAUGUGCCGAGCUCUCAUCAUCAUCUGUAUCAUCCUGUCUUUCUUUGGAUCAAUUCUGGUCUUAGUGGGGAUGAAGUGCACUAAGAUCGGAGGGACAGAAUUAGCUAAUGCUAGAGUUACCUUUGCUGGAGGGAUGAACUACCUUAUAGGAGGCAUGUGCUCUAUGGUUGCUUUCUCCUAUUAUGGAAACAAAAUCAGAUCAGAAUUUCAAGAUCCUACCUACAAAGAACAGAAAUUUGAAAUAGGUGUUGGUGUUUUUAUCGGCUGGGGAGGCUCUACCUUACUUGUUGUCGGAGGCCUUAUUUACAGUAUCUUUGCAGGGAGAGAAGGGUGUCACUCGAGCUCAAAGAGAUAUCCUCCCUACCCGUUCCCUGAUGUCUACACAGCCGUUCCAACAAAAAAGAGCGUGGCGUCUCUGAGUCGCACAGAGAUUAGCGGGAGCAGAAAAUCGAGGGCCACCAGUGACAGCAGAGCGAGCACCGUCUCUGCCAUCACCGACACCACCAGGACAACAACUACUAAUGCAUAUGUGUGACUUAUCGGCAACGGUGGAGGAGAAUGUUUCUUGUGUUUUUGUCUUCUAUGAAAAAAUACCGGGUGGCUUUAUUUUUUAGAGUAAUUUCAUAUCAUGUCCAACUUUGAGUUUUAACAUUUGUCUUUGUAGCAGGCUGUCCUUAUUUGCACUUGCCAUCUAAGGUAACAAACAAUAACACGAUCAAUACAAGGAUCCUGAACCCAAUAAACCUAAAUGGAAUUCAACCAUUUUUAACUGUAAUUAGCAUGACAGUUUCAAACUGCUUUUCAUAACUGCUUGAAUUUCCAACUGUGAUGUGUUAAAAUAUCCUGUGGGUCAAAAUAUAACUGCGGGACUUUUUGUAACAUAGUUGACAGGUAUCAUAGUUGACAUUUUUUGCUGUUUUCAGGCCUAAAAUCAACAUGGCCACCUAUAACCAAACGCAACAUGGCAUUUCGAGAGAAAGAUUCUUUGAACUACUAUAUAUACAGUUGAGUAAAAAUGAAAUUGAAAGUUAUUUAUAAAGAUAUUGUAGUAAACCUGUUGACAUGCCAUGAAUCCACACUUGACUCACACACUACUUUCUAUUAAAUAAGUCAGAAAGCC